GAGAGAGAGAGAGAGAAAGAGCUGCUUGUCACUCAAUAUAAUACAUUAUCGCCGUGUUUGCUUGCAUAUAUUCAGCGCAAGAAGUUUGCCCCCGUUCAUUUUUCAUGCCUCUUAAUCGCUUGAUGAGUAGCAUGCUGUCAAUGAUACGGAGCUAUUAUGUCGGAGAAUAUGUGUGCGUUUGGAUCGAAAAUACAUACUUUAAUAUCUGUCACUAUCUGAACUACACUUUACGCACUUUCUGCACGUAAAAAUGAUACGCAUAUGCGUGCAUUCAUCCUUCGGCGGGAUAAAACAAGAGCAGAAAAGAGCAGUUUCUCAAAUAGAUAUCCAUCAGCACAGUAUAUUCAAAGUUUUAAUUAUCUCUUGAGUGAUAAAUCAAUUCAUCCGAAGUUAAUUCUUCAUCGUUCUUUGACAAUGCGAUAGCGAAAUACUAAAUAAUAACACGCACUCGUUCAUCUAACAAUAAAAGUUUCCUACAUCCCACACACACGCAAAUAUUGGACGAAAUCGGUCGGAUCAGCAGUAAGGAGCAUCAGCUGUGUGCGAUCCAAGUCGCCGGACAGUCGGAAGAUUUCGAUCGGUCGUCACUCGUCUUUUCGUUAACAUACGUUGCAGAUUUUUAAGUUCAGUGUAAGUUUUUUGUCUACACAUGCUUGAUUGUGUUGGAUGAUAUAUUCUCAAAGUCCGAUCAUCUUCUACAGACAUAUUCUUAGCUGAACGCAUCUGGACACAAGAACGAACAAGACAAGUGAAAAAUCGCAGCCUACCGCAUGUAUGAUGAGAAUCUCGAUAUAGAGUUAAGGGAUGGCGACAAAUCCAAGGUCGAGCAUAGCUUUCCGUAUGUUUCACUGGCUUAUUUUCACAUUCAUCUUUGUAAAUAUCCACGGAUCUGUCAAUAUUGAGAGAAAAUGGAGACUAUGCAUAGUAAAAAGCGAGCAUACUUCAAAAAGAAUUGCUUUACUUUGUCCGAAAUUGGUUGAAAGUCCAAUACAAUGUAUUAUAGAACCCGAUAGGUUCAGUUGUUUACGUCGCAUAAUCGAAGGUGAGGUCGAUUUCACUGUAGUGGAGCCAGAAGAACUUGUAGCAAUAAAAAACUCUUACUUAUACAACGUUCUAGUCACAAAUGAAUUAAAACUCAUCCAAUACGAACCGGAGCGUUUUAAAAUAGUGGCCAUAGCGCAUAAAAGUGUACAACGCACAUGGGACAUUAAAGGCAAGCGAUUAUGUCAUCCUGGCUUUAACACUGUCAACGACUGGUCUACAGUUUUUUCAACGUAUCUCGAAAAUUUGAUAAUUCCCAAAGAAUGCAAUUUCAAUAUGACGCUAUUCGAGAACAGAAUGCACGCUUUGUCCAAAUUCUUUGAAGUGGCUUGCAUCGCUGGUCCAUGGUCGUCGGAUGCGAUAUUUGAUUAUCAAUUGAAAUCAAGAUACAAGAAUCUCUGUGCUGCGUGCGAAAAUCCGUCCAGUUGUUACAAUACUGAUAAAUAUUAUGGGCGGGAGGGUGCUCUAUUAUGUCUCACCGAUAACGUGGGUGACAUCGCCUGGGUCAGAUUGGAUGACGCUCGCGCGCAUUUCAAGGCCGAGACAAUCGAUACACAGGAUUUCAAGUUUCUGUGCUCGGACGGUACCACAAAACCGCUUGCAUUCGAUCAACCGUGCGUUUGGCUAUCAAAACCGUGGCAGGUCAUCAUAUCUACAACGGAAAGUGCCAUGAAGAUCGCCAACUUGAUGAAUUCGAUGGUCGACACAUCGUUCUGCUGGAAAAACAGCUUGUUGCAGCUGAUGGAGAAUUAUUACGUCACUUCGGCCAACGUAGACGCACUAGAAGUACCGUCCGAUUAUUUAUCCCGAUUCCCAAAUUUCAUGAGUGCUUAUGCUCAAUCGGAUUGUCGACCUUCAAGAACGGUGCGAUGGUGCGUAAUAAACGAUCUCGAAUUGUAUAAAUGCGAGACGCUGAAAGACGCCUCCAUCAUUUAUGGUGUGGAACCAAUGAUCAACUGCUUCCAGCAAAAUAGCGACUCGUGCUUGAAGGCCGUACAGAACAAAGUAAUGGACAUCUUUAUGGCGCGACCCGAGGACCUUCUCGAAGCUAAGAUGAAGGGUUUGAAGCCUAUCGUCCACGCGAUGACUAACGUAAAAGAGGAAGUCAACAGAAUCGUGGCAGUUGUAAAAAUUAAUUCCCGGUUUAAGACUAUAAAGGAUCUCAAAUAUGCUAGAGCAGCCUUCACGGGCUACAGAAGCGUCGGUUGGAACGCUUUUGUGACAUUCAUGAGGAACAUGUCGAGCAAAAAUUGGGAUUGUUCCGAUGCGCAGGCUGUUGCAAAAUUUUUCGCGAACAGUUGUGUUCUCGAUUGGUAUCAUUACGAAGAGCUUCCAGCUAAUUUGCAUUCUUUAUGUAAAGAAAAUGCGAACCGAACGAACGACGAUUUAGAUGCCUUCGAUUAUUUAACUUCGGGUGUCGUCGACGUUGCGUUCAUCAAUCUCAAGGUUAUAGAAAGCAAGACAAAAAUCGGUGAUUUUUCUUAUGAGAAGAUUGAUCAUAGGAAUAUAAAUGUGAAACCUAAGUACAGGAUAUUAGGUCCAACCUUGGCAGAAACCUCGCAUAAAGCUCCAUAUUUACUCACUUGGACAACUCUUGGUUCGAUAGUAACACAUGAGAAUAUCACGGAUCUAAGACGUCAGGAGAUAUAUUCCAUGCUGCUCGAAAUAGAUAAGCUGUUUGGGAAGACAUACAGCGGACAGACACCUGCGUUUUCGUUGUACGGGCCUUACGACGGCAAUUAUGGCGUUAUUUUUCCCGAUGGCACGCGUCAUUUAGAGUUACAUGGUCAUCAGGUACUGAGAGGACGCAAUUACGAUGAAGUCGUAGAAAAUUUCAUGAAGCAAGAAAUUUGCAGUGCCGCGAGCACAUGGAUCUCUCAUUUCCUGGGAACUGUCUCUUCAUGUGUAAUUGUUGUCGUUCUAAGUCGAUUAUUGAACUGUUGACAAUGAAUUGCAUGCUUUCUGCGAAGAGAUCGCGGUUUAUAUAAUAGAAUUAUCUGUUAUUGAUGGUACAAUCGGCAAGAGACUAGAUUUAGAUAAAAGAAUAGAUUUUUUUCUACACAAAAUUAUACUUUCGAGAAAAUAAAAUUUAAAAAAUUGGGAAAUUAAUAAUAUCUUUUUUCUAUCUUAAGCUUGUAUAAUUUUUUAUGAUAUGCAGUGUCGUAAGUUGAUAAACUUAAUAGCUUGCGCGAUCAAUAAAUAUUUAAAUUA